AUGUUAAAGAUAUUAUUUAUUUGUUUAUUGUUUAUCAAUAUAGUUUUUGGUGUAAGUUAUGAUUAUAUAGUAAUUGGUGCUGGCUCAGCAGGUUCCAUUGUAUCAUCUAGAUUGGCAAAGAAUGGAAGUAGUGUUUUGGUUUUGGAUGCUGGCGAAGAAUCUGUACAAACCCAAGGAUUAAAUGGUCAAGAUGUUGCAGGAACACAAGGUACAUUUAAUUCCAAGAAUACAUAUACACCACAAAAAACAUUUACAAAGUAUGAUAUUCCUUUAUAUUGGAGUAGUGUUUACUUGACUGGUUUGAAUUGGGAUAUACCGGGAGCAGGUGUGGCCAAAGUAACUGGUGGAUGUGGAAUGCACAAUGGAAUGGUUUUCCAGAGAGGUCAACAAGCUGAUUACGAUGGUUGGAAUGUUGGCGGUUGGAAUUGGUCGAGUUUGUUCCCCUACUUUUUGAGGAUAGAAACUAUACUGGACCCUGCUUUAUCGGCAUCGACCAAUCAUGGACAUUCCGGUCCGAUCAAAGUGAAAACGAUACCUUUCGACCAAGAAGGAAAUGAUUUCAUUCAAGCAUCGGCAAGUGCAGGCCUACCAUUCAAUUCCGAUUUCCAAAACGAUGUUCGCGACGGCUGUGGCUAUUUCCAAUUCAAUAUCGACGAACAUGGAAUUCGGUCAUCGCCAUUCCACAAGUAUUUGCUGCCUGCACUGUCGCUUCCCAAUAUUAAACUGAUAACCAAAGUAACGGUUCUGAAAAUCAAUUUUGUUCCAUCAUCGACUUCGGGUGGACCACCAACUGCACGGUCAGUACUUAUCCAAUUUGCUAAUCAAUCCACCACCAUAUUCACCGCCAACAAGGAGAUUAUAUUGUCGGCCGGUGCAUUGAACACUCCAAAGAUUCUAAUGAAUAGUGGAAUAGGUAAUUCUACGUAUCUCGGUAGCUACUCUUCAAAGAUUCCAAAUGUCUACUCUAACCUUCCGGGUGUCGGAAAGAACCUACAAAACCAUUUCCUCGCAUUUACUGUGUGGGCUUAUAAUUCUCCUGAGCAACGUCCAACUUUCUACGACUUGUUUACCGAGACCAAUAAGUUUGAAGCAGGUACCGGCGAUAGUAUUCUGGCAACGCCUGGAUUCAGUGUUGGCUGUUGGCUACGUCCCAAUGCAUCGGCAGUUGGAGUGAGUGAGAAUGUAAUGCUCAUACUUCCCGGAACACUAGGAUCGACCACACCCUAUCCAACGCUAUCGAUUGGCGUGUCGAUAUCCAAGCCGAAACCUAAUAACCACUGGAUCGGACUGAGUAGCAACCAAACCGGUAGUGCCAAUGACUUUUAUACGAAAUCACCAGAGCUUCAUUUCUCGCUGUUGAAUGACAAUGACGAUGUGCAAACGCUGAUAAGAGGCAUAUUGGAGACACGACGUGUCAUGUCUUAUCCGCCAAUGAACAGUAAAGCAUCAUCGAUAUCACCGCCGUUGAGUAUCUCUUCGAAUUCCGACUUGUCAGACUGGGUGAAAAACAAUACGAUCGCUCACGACCACUGGUGCGGAACUGCCAAGAUGGGAGCACCUAGCGAUCCGAUGGCGGUUGUCGAUAGCCGUCUCAGAGUGAUCGGUGUCAAUGGAUUGAGAGUUGUCGAUGCAUCGGUUAUUCCUACCAUUGUUAACUCGCUAGUGCAUGCCACUGUAAUGGUAAUAGCAGAGAAGGGUGCCGAUAUGAUAUUAGAUGAUAACUAUCAGCCUGGCUCCUCAACAACAACAACAACAACUUCCACAACAACAACAACUGGAGGAGGUAUUCUUACACUAUCAUUGACAUCUCUAUCAUCAUUAUCUCUAACAUCACUAUAA